AUGUCAGAUAUCGUACGCCUCAAUGAGGCUCUACAACGCUUGGAUGAUCUACGAAGGCGUAACCGACCCAAUCAACGGCGAAUUUACAACUUACGACACACUUCUGAAGCUCUUGACGCUAACGUAUCCUCGCGUGCAACAACUGGUUCUGGAACUAGAAGAUUUUCUCUCACCAUCGUUAAUGAGACUAAAUGGAUCCGGGAAUGUCGAAUAGUGCGUGAGGUUGUGUAUGCUAGGACACAAAAAUUACUACGCCAAGAACUAUCGGCAAUACAGCGAGAUCAGGCUGAGACGCUGGAACCAGGGGGCACUACAAACGACGAGCCUACAUCACUCACCGGUGAUUCUCCCCAGAAUUUAGAAAGUCUCGGGUCUGACACAGGCCAGGAUACUCAUAUCAAAAGUUUAGACUGGUAUUUUCGCAAAGCUUUGGUCGAUGCGUCUCUUCGUCCUACUCAGAAGCCUUUGGAGGAGAUAGACCCGUGCUUUUGCGGUGACCCAUACGCGAUUGAAACCGCCAAUGGGGAAUAUUAUGAAGCUGUCAAAAUGCCAAGGUGCUCGCAUAUUUUUGGACGCUCUUGUAUUGUAAUGUGGCUUCAGGAUUGA